UCCUCCUUAGACCAAGCAGAAUUGUGGUCAAUGAUUUAAAUAAUCAAUAGAUUGAUAUCUGCCUUAGUGUGGCCAGGCGAUCUUAAAUUCCCAUAUUUAUGUUUAUACAACUCGUCAAAACAUCAUCCCAACAAUGUUUGAUCUGUAAAUUUGCUUUCGCAAUGUUUUUGUUCUUCCCUCGCCGGGACUCGAACACAUGCUACUGCAAAAUCGUGACACCAAAUCGGCUGCACUGUAACUGCUAGGCUAGCCCACACGACAACCUGGGCUUUUAAUAAUAGUGUCUACAAAUAGCAACAAUCAACAUUUAAUCUAUCUAAACCCCAACGAUCUUAAACUGAGACCAAUAGUUGACGGUCCUGAAUCAACAACCAAAAGAAUGGGUCACUUUUUGGAUCUAAAAUUAAAAAACAGUUAUGUCUUCUAAUACCAAGUUACGCCAAGUAUUUACUUGCAUAAGAAUUCCGAUAAUUACAUUGCAGAACAAGCUUCAAAUACGGUUGUGAUUACAGUUUAUCGUAGUUUUUUUGAGGAACAAUAUAUCGGAGUGUGAUAUCGUAGAACACAUAUAUAUAUAAUGACAGAAACGUUUAUGAUUGUUUAUAUGCUAUAUGCUUCAAAAGUAUUUCUUUCUUAUUUCAGACAAAGAUAUGUGCGUGGCUAUUACAGCUUUUGUAUUUGGAACAUUGACGAUGUGGACUCUAAAAACAAUUACCAACCUUCAAACACUAGACUUUAGUAAUAUAAUGAAACAACCACAAAAUUUACUAACGCGUGCUUUUGAAACCAAUUUUACAAUAUUAUUUUAUGCAAAACCUGACUGGUCUGAUUAUAAAACUUUUAGUUUUGAUAAUUGUAGUUAUAGAAAUUGUAAAUUCACAACAGACACAAAACAACUAUCAACAAGCACAGCUGUCAUCUUUCAUCAUGAUUCAUUCUCAACAUUACCUGUUAAGGCAAGUGGUCAAAUAUGGAUAUUUGCUACUUUAGAGAGUCCAUAUCAUACUCGUGUAAGUUUUAAGACUGAUAAAUCGAAGAUGAAAUUCAACUGGACAAUGACGUAUCGCAAGGAUGCAGAAGGAUUCUCUCCGUAUGCAUUACUGAAGAAGCAAAUUCACAUUCCUUUUAAGAAUUACACUUCUAUAUUCUUGAACAAAACACAUCACAUUGCUUGGGUCGUGAGUGACUGCCAAUCACAAUCCAAGCGAGAGGCUUAUGUAAACGAAUUGUCGAAAUAUAUUGAUGUUGAUAUAUAUGGAAAAUGUGGGAAACCUUGCUCAUUUACUGAAGAUUGUAAAGUUCAUUUGAGUAAAACAUAUAAAUUUUAUCUCUCUUUUGAGAAGUCAUUAUGCAAGGACUAUUUGACAGAAAAAAUAACUAGCAUGUACAUGAAUGGUAUUGAUUUCAUUCCAAUCGUUCGAGGUGCACCAAAUGCAAAGGAUUAUCUGCCAAACAACACAUAUAUUCAAACGUCUGAUUUUAAGUCACCACAAACUCUGGCGGCAUUUCUUAAGACGAUUGGUAGCGAUGAAACACGCUAUACUUGAUAUCUGAAAGAAAAACAUAAAUAUUCGAAUAAUGGAAAUCGGGCGUUUAA